AUGUCAUACAACAGGAAUAAGCAACCUUGUAGGUUUUUUCAGCAAGGUCAUUGUAAAUUUGGGAACUCGUGUAAAUAUGCCCACGUCUACUCCAACAACAGCAACAACGGAUAUUCGGGAAAGUAUGGCUCCAAGGAUAACUCUUCAGGAUCCACUGAAUUAUCAUACCAAGACUUUAUUCAGCCGGGAAAGUUGUCUUCCCUUCAGCGAAAUCUCGAACUAGACUUGGGAGAAGUGCCUUCAUUCCAAAUGAAACCGUUGUCUUCUGCAUUUGGUCUGGCCGAUCCGUGCGCUUUGAAUUUGAUCAACGGAAGAGAUUACUCAAUGGAGGAGUUUCGUUGGCAGUAUAUGCAGGCCCAAAAGAACAACACCCUUCCUCAAUACGAGAUCGAGGUGAAUGCAAGAGACCAAGAUAUGAGGAAAUGCAUACUACAGAUCAAACAACACCCAGAUUUUGCCGUUAGGUAUUCACAAAAGUGCACACAGGACUUGAAGGAAACCGGUACUCGGAGCAUAACAAAAGAUUUUAUACAAUUUCCAUUAAAUUUGAGUGACAGUCAGGCCCUUCAUGGCAAUACUAAUACAAUGAUGGGGAAUAAUAGCGCAGCUUCCGCGUUUGGAACGGGAGGAUUUGGGCAAGCUCCGACAGCAAAUCCGUUUGCGCCAGUAGCUGGACCGACAUCUGGAGGGGCUUUUGGAGCUCCUUCAUUUGGAUCUAGUGGAGGUGGUGCUUUUGGAGCUCCCAAAUUUGGCGCCACUAGGAUGGGAGCCGCUACGAAUACCAAUAGCACAUUUGGCGCACCUGCAUUUGGAUCUUCUGGAGGUAACGCAGCAUCUUCAACUUCUGCAUUUGGCGCACCUGCAUUUGGUAAUCAAGCAAACAACUCAGGAAGUGGUAGCGCGUUUGGUGCACCAUCAUUUGGUGCAAGCAAUGGUACGAAUACCGCGACUGGUACAGGAGGUGGCGCGUUUGGUAAGCCUGCCUUUGCAAACUCCGCCUUUGGUGCUGGUCCGACUGGUGCAAACACUUCCCCCUUCGCUGGUAUACAGAAUACUGAUAGUGCAACAGCUAAACCGGGCCCUUUUGGCGCAGCAAAUACAUCAUCUGGGGCUAAUCCAUUCGGAUCUUUGAACAAAACGACCAGUCCCUUUGGUGCUAUAUCCACAGGUGCAAACAACAAUACAGCAUUUGGUCAAGCGGCGUUUGGAGCACUAAACAAUAACGCUGCAGCCACGCAACAAAGCCCAUUCGGUCAAAACAAUGCAAACGCAACAACUACCACAACAGGUAGUACCAAUUCUGCAUUUGGGCAGUCAAAUUUCGGGAAAGGUCCUUCACCCUUCUCCGCUGGUCAAAACAACGACGGCUCCUCGCCGUUUGGGAACUUGCAAAAUCAAUACGCACCUGCCAGCGCGAACAGUGCAUUUACCCCACAAAACUCGGCAAACAGCAGUGCUGGUGGGAGCGGAGCUUUUGGGUCAGGCGCUGGCCAAAAUAACACCAGCUUGCCAUUUGGGACUGUAAACACACCGAAAUCAAGCCCAUUUGCGACAAGUAACCAGAAUGAUACCAAUAAAAAUGUCUCAGCACCGUUUGAAACCAACCAAACACCUGCCACAGCAUCAGUAUUUGCUAGCGGCCCCAAGGCAGCGAAUGCUGCUCCUUCAUCAUCUUCUGGGGUAUUUGGUAAUGCUGCGCAAAACUCUGGCACCAACAUAACACCGACUGCAAAUAAAGACGCGUUGAAGGAUAUCAGUGCUGAGGUUUUGCAAAAAUUCCAAGGUACACAGUUUAAUCUUGGCGAUGUGCCUGAUUACCCACCACCUAUGGAGCUCAUUCAGCAAAUUUCUUUGAUGGGGAUAAAAAAUCAAUGA